AUGCAACUAUUGUUAAGAGCUCAAUUAGCAUUGUGGCUAUUCAUUGUCACAGUAUGGGCUAAAGAUUUUAAUGGAGGUACAACAGUUGAUUGGGGUGUGCAAAAUGUUGGACUUGGUGAUGUUCAUAUUCACUCUGGUGCCAUUUGGUCUAUCAUCAACAAUGCUGCAUCUGAUUUUCAUGGGAAUAUUAAUGUUGAAGCAAACAGUGGUCUUUAUGUUUCCAGUGUCACGCCUCGUGUUGCCUUGUCUGCUACUUUGUUCGAUCUGAUCUAUGGUUUUGUUAACAAUGGGGUUGUUUCCUUCAAUGCAGUCAAAGGUGCUCCCGGAUACGUGUUCAGAAUUAUGGGUAACAAGUUUGAAAACAAUGGUGACUUGNUGGGGUAG